GUCUAUUUAUCCAUUUAAACAUAAGAAGACAAGGAACGUUACAGACCAAUGAGAAUUAAACAGAACCAUCAGAAUAUUUUAAUCUCUAUUCUUCAUCAGUUGUUAUCAACCAUCCGGUAAAAGGGCAGUGAGCUUUGCAAAGAAUAGAGUUCUUCUGAGUCACAUUGUACACUACUUAUUAUAGUGUACAAACAGAACUGUUACGACUGUAUCGUCAUAUAUACGUAAUCAGUGAGCCCAAAUAAUCAAGUAAGACCACUGGCUCCACAAUGGAGAACAUUGACAAUAGCAGUCCUAUACAGGAAUUCUUUAGAGGGAAAAACAUUUUCGUUACUGGAGCAACUGGUUUCCUUGGUAUGACACUGAUCGAGAAGCUGCUCAGAGCAUGUCCUGAUGUUGGAACCAUUUACGUGCUAGUCCGUCCCAAGAAAGACAAAGAUGUUUCAGCAAGAUUAGAAGAACUUACUAAGAAUGCACUAUAUGAAAAGUUGAGAGAACUACGAGGUGCAGAUAUAUUCCAGAAGGUGGUUGCUGUGGCUGGAGAUGUGGGAGAGGAUAACCUGGGAUUAACUCCUGCUGAUAGAAGAAUACUGACUGAAAAUGUUAAUGUUGUAUUCCAUUCAGCUGCCACACUGGACUUUGAGGCUACCCUUAGACCAGGUGUCAGUAUCAACCUUUUAGGGACAAGAAGAGUUGUACAACUAUGCAAGGAAAUUUCCCAUCUGGAGGCUCUUGUACAUGUGUCUAGUGCAUAUGUAAACAGCAAUCGGAAGGGAGAAAUUGAGGAGAUUCUUUAUCCCGUGCCAGAAGAUGCAAGCAAAGUGAUUGACCUCACAGCCAGUCUUAGUGAUGAAGCCCUUAAUGAUCUGACACCACAGCUUCUCCAUGACCAUAUAAACACAUACACAUUCACCAAAGCUUUGGCAGAACAUGAAGUUGCUAAUGCCAUCAGUCAAGUGCCAUCAGCUAUUGUCCGACCAAGCGUGAUUACUUGUGCUUGGAAGGAACCAAUUCCAGGCUGGACUGUUUCUAAGAAUGGACCGACAGGCUUUCUAAUGGGUGCAGCAAAGGGUAUAGUGCGCCGCUUGCCUCUUGAUAAGGAUGUCAUUUACGAUUAUAUUCCCGUUGACAUAGUCAUCAAUGAACUCAUUGCUGCCGCAUGGCAUGUGGGCACAACCAGGCCACAGACUACACCUGUGUACCACUGCACUACCAGCACCACAAAUCCUUUCCAGUGGUCAAAAGUGGGGAACAGGAUCAAUGGCUUACUGCACAAAUAUCCUUUGAAGUCAGCUGUUUGGUAUCCUACACUUAAGUUGCUGCCAAGUUUGCUGCUAUUCAGAAUAUCUGCCAUUUUUCUUCAUUUCAUCCCUGCUUAUAUUCUGGACACCAUCAUUAAGGUAGCAGGUGGCAAGCCGAUCCUGGUUCGCUUGCACACAAAUGUUGGUAAUUCUCUCGGUCGGCUAGCACCAUUUAUCUUCAACGAGUGGCUAUUUCAGAAUAAUCAAACCAAAGAACUUCAGAAAAGACUCAGUGGUAAAGACAAGGAAAUGUUUAACCUUGACAUCUCACAGUUGGAUUGGGUAACAUACUUUGAUAGUAUGGCCCAGGGAGUAAGAAUAUAUCUUAACAAUGAGCACCCACGGACUCUUCAAGCAGCUAGACGCAAGAAUUAUAUACUGAUGGUGGUGAAUUUGCUGACACAAGCAUUAGUGUUUGGUCUGAUCUGGUGGUCUGGUUCACUAGCACUUGGGACCACACUGUCUAAAAGCAGCUGGAUUGUUGUCAUUUCAUAUACACUCUUUUGUUGUCUUUAGUGUUUUGGCAGACACAGACUAAUUAACUGAAAGAAGAUGAUGUCUUAAAUGUAACAGUUUCAUACAAAUAUCCCCCCCCCCAUUUAUAAAUACUGCAAUUUUUAAGCACUGUUAUGGGAAUAUUAUUGGGGCUGAUUUCAUCUAACAAGGAUUAUAGUUUCACAGGAGCAACUGUAAGAAUAGAGGACAGCAGACUAUAGAUUUGUUAGAGAAUUCAUUGCUAAGUUCUGAAUAAAUGAGUUCAUGUGAUUUGAGUAAAUGUAUUUAAUUCACAUAAUAGGAAUUACUUGUGUGUGAAUUGUACUACAGUUUGUUUUGUAAGAUGGCACUCUUCAGUUCAGGAAUUACUUGUGUGUGAAUUGUACUACAGUUUGUUUUGUAAGAUGGCACUCUUCAGUUUAGGAAUUACUUGUGUGUGAAUUGUACUACAGUUUAUGUUUUGUAAGAUGGUACUCUUCAGUUUAGGAAUUACUUGUGUGUGAAUUGUACUACAGAGUAUGUUUUGUAAGAUGGCACUCUUCAGUUUAUGUUUUGUUAUAAUAAUAAAGGUUUCACAUACUCGCAGGAUA